AUGUUGCGAGACCAGAAGAAGCUGGACGUCAUCACCAACGACGUGCUGAAGAAGGCGCUGCGGUACACGGGGAAGCUGGGCACCAUGGCCUCGGAGGAGGAGGAUAUGCCCGUGAACGCCCAGAUUGAGACAACCGCGGCCGGCACGGUGCUCUCCGACACGGGGAAGUAUGCCGCUCGCGCUGUGAACGAGCGCUCGCUGUCGCUUGUACCUGGGUUCGACCCCCUGGACGGGAGCAGCAACGUGGACGCGGGCAUCGCGGUGGGCACGAUCUUCGGCAUUUUCAAGGAGUCCGAAGAGACGAGCAAGGCCUGCGACCUGCCCGCGAACCUGAAGGACCUGGACGACGACCAAGUCUCCUGCCUGGCCGCCACUCUCCAGCCGGGCAAGGCGUUGGUGGCUGCGGGCUACGUCUUGUACUCAUGCUCCACCGAGUUGGUCUUCACUUUGGGUAGGGGUGUGGUGGGCUUCACUUUGGACAGCUCCAUCGGUGAGUAUGUGCUGACCCGGCCCAACAUCACGAUCCCGACGCGUGGCAAGAUCUACUCCUGCAACGAGGCCAACAUCGAGAACUGGGAUGAGCCCAUGCAGAAGUACAUCAGGGAUAUCCAGACUGGGCAGGGCGAGACGAAGGAAAAGUACUCCCUGCGCUACAUCGGGUCUAUGGUUGGGGAUGUGCAUCGCACCCUGCUCUACGGCGGCCUCUUUGCUUACCCAGCGGACACGAAGAACAAGGACGGCAAGCUGCGGCUCCUCUACGAGGCGGCGCCCAUGUCCUUCCUCCUGGAGCAGGCCGGCGGCCUGGCCACCACCGGGCACAACCGCGUCAUGGACAUCCCCCCGACCUCGGUGCAUCAGCGCGUGCCCAUCGUCCUGGGCUCCAAGGAGGACGUGGAGGAGUGCAGGAAGUACUACGACGAGAGCGACGACCCCAAGCUGAAAGAGAGGUGCGCGAACCGACUCAAGGGCCUGGUCACGAGCUAA